AUGAGCAAUUGUACCACAUCUGCGGAGGCAGGUAACAACAAUAGUGUUGACAGAGCAGACAUUGAGUGGCCACGGCGCGUAGUCUCCGGUCUGCAGCCGACCGGCGCCCUGCACAUCGGCAACUACUUUGGUGCGGUGCGGCGCUGUGUCCGCCUUCAAGAUAAGGGCGACGACCUCAUGAUAUUCAUAGCUGACUUGCAUUCUCUUACCACCCAUCAGGACCCAGUGGCACUACAGGAAAACGUGCUGGACCUUACUGCGUGUUUGCUGGCUAGUGGCAUUGACCCGGAUCGCAGUGUGCUGUUCACGCAGUCGUCAGUGGCGCGGCACUCGGAGCUGUGCUGGCUCCUCACGUGCCUAGCCACGCACGCAAGGCUUGCGCAUCUGCCGCAAUACAAGGACAAGUCGGCUAAAAUGAAGGAGGUCCCGCUUGGCCUUCUACUCUAUCCCGUAUUACAGGCGGCAGACGUGCUGGUGUACCGCGGCACGCACGUGCCUGUGGGUGUGGACCAGCUGCAGCACUUGCAGGUCGCGUCACAGCUGGUGCGCACCUUCCACCACCGCUUUGGCAGAACAUUCCCCACGCCGAAGCCUUUGCUAGCCGAAGAUGGCAGUGACAGAUUGCUAAGUCUUCGGGACCCCAGCAAGAAGAUGUCUAAAUCUGACACAGACCCUAAGUCGUGUAUCCUGCUAACAGAUUCUGAUGAUACAAUUUUGCUGAAACUAAGAAAAGCUGUCACGGACUUUACGCCACAGGUCACGUUCGACCGGGAGAAUCGGCCGGGCGUGUCCAACCUGAUCGCCGUCCACUGCCUCGCCGCCGACAAGCUGCCGGAGGAAGCGGUGGAGGAGGCGGACGGGCUCGACACGGGCCGGUACAAGCGCGUGGUGGCCGCGGCGCUGAGCGAGGCGCUGGGGCCGGUGCGCGAGCGAGCCGCCGCCCUGCGCCGGCGCCCCGACCUGCUGCGCGACGUGCUGCGCCACGGGGCGGUCCGCGCGCGCGUCCGCGCCGACGAGGUGUACGAGAGCGUGCUCGCGCGCGUGGGCCUGGCGCCGCCCGUCGCGCGCCUGGCCCGCGCGGCCUCCUAG